CCAUACAAACAUACGAACUAUACAAAGGCUGAGAUUGGUUUAGUCCUGUGACUAAGGGGACCCCCUUAAUCACCUGAUCUUAACCCUAACCAAUUGCUCCAUAUAACUCGAGUUGUUAGGAAAAAUUCAAUUUUAUAUCAUAUAUCACACACUAACCAUAGAUAUUAGUCACAACACACACCAAAGGCAACAGCCAUGUCAUCAUCAGCACUUUCCCUUCUCUAUUAUUGUUUUCGUUUAUUUUUAUUUAUUUCUCCUACAGAAACGACAAGUGGAGGGAAAAGUGACGACGUAGAUUGUGAUUUGUGACCACUAUAGUGCGAGCAUUAUUACGCUCGCUCGCUGGCUCACGCAGUUCGAAGAGAUAAGUUCAUCACUUCAUCCCGGUCUCCCUUUCCGACCUCAGCCGCUCCCUCUCUUUCUGCAUUCCUGUCUCCUCUCCUCCUCCGUUCAUCGGACUUCCUCACUCCGCCGCUGCCCGCCUCUCUCUGGUAAGCUUAACGUCCGAUCUCCUUUGCAAAUUUGUGCGGCGAUGAUCUGUAGACAAUUUCAUGCCCAAUCUUCUUUAUCUCAUUUGAAUUUUGAUCGCGAAUUGUGGUACACUUGAUCCGUUCUCGAGAAAUUAUCUCCGGGAAGUGGACGGUUCAUCUCUAUCCAUCUUUCGUACUGCUACUGUCUGCUGCUCGUUUAACUGUUACGCUUUCUCGCUUGACAUACAGAACGCGAGAAUCGCAAUCAGAGAGUUAUUAUAUUUGAUCGCUUAAUCUUCUUAGAAUCAGUAUUGAAUCGGAAAACGAUUUUGAAUUAUGUUGUAUAUGUCCUUUCCAGAUGGCGUCAGUGCAAGCUAUUGCUGCUCUCACAUCAGCUGCUGUAUGCAAGAAUGGCAACAAUUCUGCUUCGGCCAAGUUCUCCACAGCUGCCUUCCUGCCGGGGUUCGAUGUUUUUGGCCGAGGCGUCUCCGGUCUGAGUAAGAAGGAGAAUUCUCCCUCACGUUCACUGUCCUAUGGUGCUAGAGCGACCUUAACAUUUGAUCCACCGACGGCAGAUGCCGAGAAAGUAAGACAGAGGAAGCAUACCAUCGACCCUGCCUCUCCAGAUUUCGUUCCCCUUCCAUCCUUUGAACAGUGUUUUCCCAAGAGCACUAAAGAACACAGGGAAGUUACACACGAACAAUCUGGCCAUGUCCUCAAAGUUCCUUUCCGCCGAGUCCACUUGUCGGGGGAUGAACCCAGUUUUGAUAACUAUGACACCAGUGGUCCACAGAAUAUCGACCCACGUCUAGGACUUCCUAAGCUCAGGCAAGAAUGGAUUGACAGGAGGGAGAAGCUUGGUGGUCCUAGGUACACGCAGAUGUACUAUGCCAAGCACGGCAUUAUCACUGAGGAAAUGUUGUACUGUGCUACUCGCGAAAAUCUCGACCCAGAGUUUGUGAGGUCUGAGGUCGCUCGAGGAAGAGCAAUCAUCCCUUCCAACAAAAGGCACCUUGAGCUUGAGCCCAUGAUUGUUGGAAGGAAUUUCUUGGUCAAAGUUAAUGCCAACAUUGGAAACUCUGCUGUUGCGAGCUCUAUUGAGGAAGAAGUUUACAAGGUUCAGUGGGCUACUAUGUGGGGUGCUGACACUGUCAUGGAUCUUUCCACUGGCCGCCAUAUUCAUGAGACCCGGGAAUGGGUUCUGCGCAACUCAGCUGUUCCAGUUGGUACUGUUCCCAUCUAUCAGGCUCUUGAAAAGGUUAAUGGGAUCGCUGAAGACCUUACCUGGGAGGUCUUCCGUGACACUCUGAUUGAACAAGCUGAGCAGGGUGUGGACUACUUCACUAUCCAUGCUGGGGUGCUCCUGCGGUAUGUCCCUCUAACAGCAAAGCGCAUGACUGGAAUAGUUUCUCGUGGAGGAUCGAUUCAUGCAAAGUGGUGCCUAGCUCAUCACCAGGAAAACUUCGCGUAUGAACACUGGGAUGACAUACUAGAUAUCUGCAAUCAGUAUGAUGUAUCUUUGUCUAUUGGUGAUGGACUUAGACCUGGGUCCAUAUAUGAUGCCAAUGACACUGCUCAAUUUGCAGAGCUCUUAACACAGGGUGAACUGACCCGUAGAGCCUGGAAAAAGGAUGUUCAGGUUAUGAAUGAAGGACCAGGACAUAUACCAAUUCACAAGAUCCCGGAGAACAUGCAAAAGCAGCUGGAAUGGUGCAAUGAAGCACCCUUUUACACUCUUGGUCCACUAACAACCGACAUUGCUCCUGGAUAUGAUCACAUCACCUCUGCCAUUGGUGCUGCCAAUAUUGGAACUCUUGGAACUGCACUUCUGUGUUACGUCACGCCAAAGGAGCACCUUGGCCUGCCGAAUAGAGAUGAUGUAAAGACUGGGGUUAUUGCAUACAAAAUAGCUGCACAUGCAGCUGAUUUGGCUAAAGGCCAUCCUCAUGCUCAAGACUGGGAUGAUGCACUAAGCAAGGCCAGAUUCGAGUUCAGAUGGAUGGACCAGUUCGCUUUGUCUUUGGACCCCAUGACUGCCAUGUCCUUCCAUGAUGAAACCUUACCAUCAGACGGGGCCAAAGUUGCACACUUUUGCUCCAUGUGUGGCCCCAAAUUCUGCUCCAUGAAGAUAACAGAGGAUGUGCGCAAGUAUGCUGAGGAGCAUGGUUAUGGUAGUGCAGAGGAAGCUGUGCAGCAAGGUAUGGCUGCUAUGAGCGCUGAAUUCCUGGCUGCUAAGAAAACCAACAGUGGCGAACAGCACGGUGAAGUUGGUGGAGAAAUCUACAUACCGGCGAGCCAUGUCAGCUCCACUGAUAGGUAAAGAGGUUAGUCUUCUAACAGAAAUGGACAAACAUAACUUGCUCAAGCAAGCUCUAUGUAACUUUGUGACAUCCCUUGGAUCCUUGUCUGAUGCAAAACUUAACUGUUUGUCAUCUGGAAUUCCAUUGUCAGGAACUUGUGAGACUGCAGCUGGUUGGCUAUUGAACAAAGCUCAGGAAUCCUGGGAAGCUAGCUAUUCAGGAAGAAUAACCCCAGGCUGCCUUUCUAUUUCGCGAUGUGGGUAAGUUGACGUCCGAGUCAAGUGUGAUAGUUUGGAUUUGGAGACUUUAUCUUUUGCUUCUGCUUCUCUUGUGUGACAUCAAUAAAAGUGUUCCAUGGAU